UUUGUGCCACCUCUAAUAAACAUAUAUAUGUUUUAGGGCCGCGAGUGAAAAUGCGUGCCACAAAGGCCUAAACAAACUUGGAAAACACCGCGCAAAACGUCUUAAACUGUAGUGCCGAUUCCGCAUAUUGUUCGCCUCCCCGGAAAAGUGUGAAAAUCGCAGAUAAUCAAAAGGAAGAGCAAUCAAAGGAAAAGCAACAACAACGACUCGCCAUGGGCAGCAGAACUGAAAAUGUACACUUGACAUAAACUGUGAUUAUGAGUUCCACAAAAUCUCAAGUAGCCCUAGCUACGAAUAUUCCAACCAAUUUAUCCUCCGCCGCUUCUGCCUCAACAGCGGCCGCUGCGGCCGCCGUUGUUGUUGUUGCCAGUGCCAACGCCGCCGUUGCCUCAAGCGCCAACUCAUCGGGAGUAGGUUCAGGAUCGGGCCCGGGAUCGGGAGCAGGAGUAACAGGACCAGUAGCCGCAGGCGCAGCCACUGCCGGAGCAACAGGAUCAACAGUCACAGCAGCAACAUCCGUCGCGGCAACAACCUCCACUUCCGUUGCCACAAUCUCAACCAGCUGCAGCAACAGCAGCACCAACAACAUCAACAACAACUGCGGCGAGGAGUGCCAGUCGGCGGCCGGAUCCUCCAACUUGGGUCGACAGAACAGCUUCGGCAAUAGACGAGGCAACAUGAAGGGCAAACAUCUGACGCGCAGCCAUGCCAUGCGUGAGUCCACUUCGCCACCUCGCACGCCAACGCCGCGGGCUGCCUCCGAGCAGCAGCAACAGCAGCUCCAGGGGGAACCCCACGAGCAUAACAAUAAUAACAAUAUCAACAGCAGCAGCAAAGCACAAUCAGCUGGAAGGGGCAACUCGCCGUUGAUGGAGACGCCAGCCGUGAUUGUCACUAGUCAGCAACCGCAACAGCAGCAGAGUGUGCCACCAAAGCCGCAGCAGAAUGUGCCACUUAGCAAUGAAGCGGAGUUCCCAAAGCUAUCGCCUCCAAAGAAAUCCGGCGGUCAGCACAAUCGCACCAACAGCAACGGCAGCGGCAUGGAGUUUAAUAACAAUAACAACAGCAGUAACAAGAAAUUCGUCGUUGAUAUGAAGGCCAAUGGUUUGGACAACAAGCCACACAACAACUCGUCUACGGGUGUGAUCUACAACUCCGGGAUGAACUACAAGGCGGCGGAGCGGCAUGAUCGUCACGAGCGCCACGAGAUGUCCAGCCAGAACAGCAAUCUGAGCAACAACCACGACGAGGAGCCAUAUCACUAUGAGCCCAGAGGUGGAGGAGGCGGCAAGAAGCAUCGUGCCAACACCAAUGCCAAAGGUAACAAACCACGGUUGAAGAAUCUCGGUGGAAGCUCAUCUGGCAGCAUUGAUUUAGGAGGAGGCGGUGGAAACGGAAAUUGCAACACCAUGUCCAACAAUGGCCAAUCCAACAACUCGAGCAACAACACCUCGGGCUUCAUAUCGCGCGUCUUUCAUCAAUCAGAGAACUCGAGCGAGCAGUACACGGACUAUGGCGGAACAGAUCUACUGGUCUUCUUCCGGGACACCCUCAAUAAGAACCCCAAGGAUCGCAACAUCCUCUUGAAGAUUGAGAAAGACCUAAUAGACUUUGUCCAGGAAAAUAGUCGCGGCUGUGAGUACCGCUUUCCGCCAGCUUCCUCCUACAAUCGUAUGCUGAUCCAUCGCACUGCCGCCUUCUUCGGCAUGGAGCACAAUGUGGACACGGAGACGCAGCAGUGUGUGAUUGUGGCCGUGGCCAAGAACACGCGCAUACCGGAGAUCCGCUUCCAGUCGCUGGUGCGCGACGAUGCACGCAAGUCAAUUCUGAAGCGGGACACGCACAGCUUCGAUGAGGUGCGUCAGUCACCGUACUUGUGCCCUCUUUCUCUGGAUCGCAAGGCCAAGAGCUUCGAGGAGCGGGAGGAGGACUACGAUAGGGCGCGCAGCCGCAUCUUUAGUCGAACAGGGGGCAAUCAUGAGGGAUACUCCGGAGGUGGCGAGGAGGAAUGCUACGGUGGUUGGGAGCAGCAGCAACAACAGCAGAAGCCGUCUCAGCCACCAAGACCCAAGAGGCCCAAUGGAAAGAUGUUGCAGAUGCAAAAUUCCACGGAAUCUCGCGAUGGCAUGCGAUCCGGUGGAGCCGUGCCCAAGUCGCACAACUUUGGCAACUACGGAGGUCCGCCUAGUUCAGGAGGUCCUGGCAACAAUUCCAUGCCUCGUGGCGACUCAACAAACUCGAUCAAAAGCGGACGAGGCGGCUUCGCGAAGCAGGACUCAACUGGCAGUACUCCUUGGCGCCUGUCUCCUUCCAGCAGUGGCUACAAGACCCGCACCCAGUCCGUGCGCUCCGACUCCGUAACUCCAUCGCCCACGGGUUACGGCAGCGACAGGCAGACGCCGGAGUUAAACCAUCCAUCCAUGGUGAGCCACAGCCGGGUGGCACCACCCAUGUCAUCGGGUGGUGGUGGUGUUGGCGGCGGCGGAGGAUCAGGAGCAGUCGCCGUGUCCUCCGUGGAAAUGGGAACAGAAGCCACCGGGGCUGACCCGUCGUCCACAUCCAAUUGCUCGUCGGGAACGUCGGGACUCGUCUGGGCCGUUACAGACAUUUCGAAUGUGCCAAUUGGCAGCCUCCUCAUUGAUCCGCAAACCCUCCAACCAAUUGUCAAUGCAGACGGUUCCAUUUACCACUACGACCCGUCCAACCUGCCGCCCAACCAGGCGCUCCAGCACUCGGGAAAUCAAUACCAGUCACAGAACCAGGGCAACUCCUCCUCCGGCGGCUAUAACAACUAUCGCAAGUCGUCGCCACAUCAGCAGCAACAGUCACAGCAGCAGCAACAGUCGCAGCAGCAUCAUCAGCAGCAAUUGCAGCAGCCACAGCAGCUGCAUCAGCAGUCAUCACAGCAAUAUGCCACCACUGAGCUGUCCUGCAGCUCCACCGAGAGCUAUGCGGAGGAGGAGGCGCAGUCCCCUGGAAUGGAGUGUUCUGAGGGGUACGAGAGCUACGAGCAGCAGUCGUUGCCUAUCCAGCAGCAGCUUUCCGGCAAUGGGGAUUCGGCCAGCACCAAGGGAGAUGAUUGUGAUAGCCUGGCCAGUGCUACCGUUUGCCUCAGCAUCACCACCUCCACAUCCACAAAGAACUACGACCGCAUCGAGGUGCAGAAGUACAAGAAUCAGGCCACCAGUCCGAACAUACCCGCCUGUUGUGCCGUGGGCGAAAAGCUUGAACUGGAGGCUGCCUUGCCGCAGGAGCAGGAACAGGAACCUAUGGCUGGACCCUCCUCGUCCGGUUCCGCCACCUCCUCGGUGGGUAUUACAGAGCUCCCAUCCAGCCAGACACCGCUCCCAAUGGUGACUCAGGUGAACUGUGACCUCCAAUCGGUGUCGCCCAGCACCACGCCCUACAGCCAGUGCGAGGUGAAGACUCCUAGCCAGAGUCAUGCACCCAGUGCCGCCGUCGAGGAGCCCAAGACCACCACCUGGACGUACACACAGAGCUACCAGGCGCCAGACGGCUCCACCGUCUUUCACACUACCACUACGCCCAAUGGGGCUGCGCCCUACUGCGCCACCACAUAUCAGCAGGGGCCCGAUGGCAGCAUCUAUGCGGUUCCACAGGGCAUGGUUUAUGCCGCCUAUCCGCAACCAGGCGUAGGCACUGCCGGUGGUGCCUCACAGCCGCUCUUCCAACUGACCACCAGCAGUCACCCGCCCGCUCAGACAAUUUUUGCCUCCCCGGAGGCAGGCGGAGAGAUUCCUGGAGGCACCUACAUGAUACCUGUCUUUGAUCCGGCCCAGCAGCCGCGUGAGGGACUCAUCCCGGCGCAGGCUAUAUACCAGACGGGCCCGGGCGGACCGGGAGCCACCACAGUGAUGCCAAUGACGACGGCGGCUGCCUAUCCAACGGCCCAGUUCGCCACAGCGGCUCCAAAUGGCGCGCCGAUAUACCAGGCGCCGCUUAUCUACUCCAGCGAACCGGGUGGUGGAGCACAGCUGCAACAGCUUCCCAUGGCACCGUAUCCGAUUCAAUACUCUUACCCGUACUACCACCCCAUCUCGUACUAUGUGCCCCAGCAGGCAGUGGCCGCCGCACCGAUGGUAGCCUCACAGCCGCAGGUGGGUCAGGCUCCGAUGCAACAGCCGGCGCCGCACACGGGAGCUGGAACAACCACAGGGCCACCAACGGUGGUUUCAGUUUCAGGCCAACAACACCACCAGCCGCAUCAGCAGCACCAUCAGCAGCAGCAGCACUCGAGCAAUGGAUCCGUGGUCACCUCCAGUGCAUAUGGCACUCGGGUUAAGCGCACACCAGGCGGUGGCUCGAUCCACUACAACCCCAGCUACACACCAAGUUCGGUGGCUCAUGCCGGUGGUGCCCAUCAUCCGUCAGCGGGCUCUGCCCAGAUCAUCGCUGCGCCGGCGGCCAGCACAACCACAUAUCAUGCGCUGCCUACGCUGACGCUAGCCCACGGUGGUCCAGCGACUGGCACGGAUCUCAGUGGAGCGGGUGGUGCCCAUGUGUACGCUCUCUCCGCCCAACACGCCACCGCGCUGAUCCCAACGAAUAUCUUCCCCUAUGCAGCGGCGGCGGCGGCAGCAGCCGGAGGGCCAGGAGGUCCUCCAACGGCUCCCCAGGUAGUGCAGCAGGCACCACCACCCCCGCCACAGAGUGCUCCCCAUCAUGCUCUUAUCACAGCGGGUCCGUUUUAUCCAGCAAAUGGCGGAAACAUGGAUCAGGGUGCCUCUCAGUCGGCUCCUAGCACUCCAGCGGCUCCUGGAAGACAAGCGCCGCUGUUCAGCACCCCGCCGGCUCCAAACAAUGGAAGCAGUGGCAGCAGCAGUGCGGGUGGCGGAGGGAACAGCGGUGGCUAUCACAGCAACAGCUCCACGCCGCACUACUACCAGGGCCAGAACAGCAACGAGGGUUACACCUCGCCUUAUGAGAAGAGAAAUCAUGGAGGUGGAGCCUCAGGAGCACACUCAGUGGGAGUGCGUAAGCCUUACCACCCAGGUGGCUACAACCCAAGACAUUCGGUACCACUAGGGGGCAUCCCCUCUGGAGCAAAGACUCCCUUGCUGAACUCCAACAACGAGCCCACGCCGCGUGCCUCUCCCAGCAGCGUAAGUUUGGGUGGUGCUUCUUCAUCCGGUGGGGCCAAUUCCUACCAACAUCGUGGGCCACCACCACACACGAUGGGUGUGAAACGAGAUAACAAGCCCAACCAACUGCCGCUGAUCAGUGGACCACCGCCUAGUUAUGCAGCGAACUCCAGCCCUGGAGUUUCUAGCUACGAGUCCAAGCCACCGGUGCGCCUGAAUGCCGGAGCCGCUAGUUUCCGGAGUCAGAAGUCCCUGAACCAGGACUAUCGACGCAGUGUCUCCCAACGGAACUCGCCCAGCGCCAAUGGAGGUGGAAGUGGCAGCCACGAGAGCAGCAACAACUCGCCCAACAGUAUUGUGGGCAGCCAGAGCAACAGUGCUGCCAACACGCCCAACGCAGCAGCCCCACCACCACCGCAGCCACAGCCCACGCUGGUUAGCCACACUGGAGGAUUUGUGGUGUUGGAUCAGACCACCGGAGCCGCCAUGAAUGCCUCGCCGCCAUCGCUCUAUGGCGGCGGCGGAGGUCCAAAUGCAGGAAUAAGUGGAGGAGCAGGUGGCGCUUCGGGAACGGCAGGCUCGAAUGGUGGCCAUCAGCCGGGUGGCGGCGGUGGCGCCCGCUCGCACAUUCCCACUGCCCAGCUGCACCACAGUGCCGCCGCUGCCGCCGCCGCAGCUGCUGGCAGCCAACAGGCCACGGCGGCGGUGCUGAGCGGCGUGGCCGCUGCUGCCGCCCUCGGCGGCUACAAUCCAAAUGGGGCGUCCGGUGUGUACUUCAAGUAUGGCCAGACGUACUUUGCCCAUCCCUCGGUGGCCUUGCCCAACAGUCGACGAUCUCCGUCGAACGAUAUCCGGCCUCAAAUGGCGCAAGUGGCCGGCAUGUAUCCCACAAUGAUGAUACAAGCGCGUCAUCCCAGUCGCCAUCCGAACCCGAACUACAAAGGUUCGCGUCCGCGGUAAAGCCUGCCGGAAAACCGAUAUAGGAUACCCAAACAAAGCAAAAACUACAUACACAUAACGGCAUACCUAAGAUAAAUAUAAAUAGCAUCCUAAUCUAGUGGAACAUAACGUAGUUGACAACAUAAAACCAGAGGAAGUGGACCGGACAAACGGAAGGAAAUGGAAGAGCAGCGCAGGAGGAGAAUAGAACUCGUCGAGUGCUGGCCGCAGAGUUGUCGGGCACCAUUGGUAGCAGCUGGCGAGGAAGGGGGCGUGUCAGGGACUCAGUCACCAAUUCACCAGUAAACCAAACCAAACUAUCCACACACCAUGAACACCACUUGAGAGCCGGGGAACGAAACAGAGCAAAGCCAUCACUGUUAUCUGUUAUCUUCCGCAGCAAGCGAUGGGAAAGGGGGGAACCGACAAAGCAUAGCAUAUAGCCUCUAUAGUUAAGGAGCAUUGUACGGAUAUAGGUACAAUAACUGAACCGCUACAGAAAGAAAGAAUUGAAUGCUGUAUAUUUUGUGCCAUUACAAAUAGUCUUUAAUAAAACAACAAAAUCGAGUACCCGGAGAAGCAAUAAAUGAACAGACACACACAAAGACCCCCCCAAAAACGGACUUUCGAACUGAACACUUGACGGAUACGUAACUUCCACUCCCCUUCUCAAGCAUAACAUAGGAUAUUCAGGUAGACUUUAGUUUCGAGAAGAGAAGUUUCUAGAGAUGGAAUGGAAAACCUCAGUUUGCACGCUAAAGCAAGAGAAUCUCCUGGAAUUCUCGAAUACUAUUUUAACCUCACUUACUGCAGAGCUGCUACCAAAAAACCAACAGCUGUUUUCCAAAUUUCAAAUAUCGCCUUGCUUUGGUGUGCUUAAUUGAAUGCGUUUUAAUUAUGUUAGAAAUCUCAACCGAAAGCAGAAGCGUGAACAGAAACUCCAUCAACCAAACGACAGACCGGACAGCCUGGCCCUCUGGACCCAAGGAUCCCCAAAUCUGCCGCCAGAAUUGGGGCGAGUCUUAUAUCUAAUUUUGUUCAGCAAAAUUCGUGAAAAGCUCUUCGACACAAGUCUCGACACAGCCACUAAAUCUGUUUAUUUAAGACCUAUAACUUCUACAACUAAAAUACGUCUAUAAUUUAGCGAGUCAAUUAUUAUUAUUUUGUAAUUUUAAUUAAUGAAAAUUUGUUAAAUUUGAUUUUUGAUUUGAAUUUUUGCCCUAUUACGUUUAUGUUCUUUCGAAAUAGAAUUUCCGUUUAAUUUUCUGUUCCUUAAUGCAAAGAAGCUGCAGCUAAAAUUCGUUAUUACUCGUAAGCAAAAUAAAAACAGACAAUGGAGUGCGAUCAGUAGAAGAUGGAGAAGUCAAGCAGCUAUACAUUUAUUGUUAAACAAAAUAAUUAGCUUAGCGUGUAACUACAUAUGUAUAUGUACCAUCUAAUAAUAUAUAGGCAAGUGAAAAGAAAAGAAAAGAAAAGAAUACAAACAAAAUGCGAAAAUCGAAAAGUAUAAUAAAAAAGAAACCACAUGAUUAGUUAAAGUUAAAA